AUUCCCAGAUAACAACUUUUCCUGCUGAUUCAAGAGGAUUUACCAGAUAGACCUAACAAUCAAUCAAUCAAGGUGCUGCACUACCGUUCCUUCACUCAUUAACGCCACCUAGCAGUGCAAAUUUCUGAAGGCAAAGUCUUUUUGUGCCUUUUGUAAAAUACUUGCUGUAAAAACUACAUAUUCAGAUUAUACUAAUCUAAACUCAGCACUUCCCCUUAUCAUAUGAAUCACCAUAAUCAAAUAUGAACUUUGAUAGAUUUAAUCCACUAUCGAACUUCUUUUCCCACAAUGAGGAUAAUCUGGCAGCACCUCCAGAACUAGGUGAUUGGGGGAUUGAUGACUCAGUACUUCUGCCUAGUGUUUCCAAUAAUAAUCACCAACAGCAUCAACAUUAUCAACAACUCCAACAACAAGACCUGGAAAACCAGCCUCAUAAUUUUACUUAUUAUUAUCACAAAUAUUGUAACCAAGUUAUUCCACCAACCACAGAGAAUUUCAUCAAGUUUAUCAAGAAAUAUUUAUCCAUGGAAAGUAAACUGGAUAAAUUCUGGGAGAAAUUUAAAUAUAAUCUUAUUUUAUCUAACUUAUUAGAAGAUACUAUGAUAUUAUCCAAAAAUGAGCAAAGUUUGUCAAUAUUGAAUAAAUCUAUAGAGCAUGAACUGAAACACGCGAGAGCUAGUCCUUUUGUUUAUGUGUUAAAUUCAGAUGGUACCAACUUGGUUAUCCUUGAAAAACACUAUAACUUGAAGUAUAAUCAGAUGUAUAAUGACUCGAAGCUUAUUUUACUAAUCAUUAAUUUAAUUAUUUAUCUAUUAAAACAAAGGAAAACCAAUGAACAUACAAAUCAAUCCAAUCAGUUGAAGUUUUUCAAGAUAAUUCUUAUAAUUUCAACCAAACUAAUCAAAGUUAAGAAGUUCAGGACAUUGGUACAAACUAGUCAAAUCCUAAAUUUAUUGAAUGAAUUUCUAAUGUCAAAUUAUAUUGUUAAUAAGAAGAUAAUCUUACAAAUGAUAAGAUUAAAAGAAUUGCAUACAUAUAACUUUUUACCGGGGCAAGGUGACAACGUGUCAUAUAAAUCGCAUCUACACUCACACCUACUAAGUUCACUUUCAUUUUUAAACCUAAAUCUUAAAUCUUCAAUUAUGGACUUGCUACCUGUUCUAAAUGGUGACUUGUUACAGCAAUAUUGUAACAUUAAUUCCAUUGAUUUGGAAAUAUUGACCCAGGAAUAUACACCGGAUGAUAACCAAGAUGAAUAUAUUAAUGAAAUUAUAUUCAAUAUUACUAAAUUUAAUCAAUUAAGAAGAUUAUUUAUUUGUCAAUUAUUAGCAAUUAACCAAACUCCGGUCAGGUAUAACUUUUUCAUAUACAAACUCAUGGAUCAGUUCAAUUUAGAUUCGCGUGAGGUCCAAAUUAGUGAUUACAAUAGGUUGAACUUGAUUAAACGAGUUAUGACAAACCAUAAUCAAACAAGUUCUAAUAUUGCCUCUUUAUUUGGAAAAUUUGAAGUAACAACUAGGAAAUCGGCAAGCCAUGAAAAUGAAGAUAUCUUAAAAAUAAAACAACCACAACAUUCCAUACAGAACCUCCAAAGUUUAAUCUCAAAAUUAUCCACCUUAACUACAAAUCUAAAAUUCUUUGAUAAAUAUAACCAGUCAGAUAAUGAAUCACAGGAGAAACUAAUCAUGUUUGAACAGUUUGAAAAUGAUUUAAAAACUAUCAAUCACUUAUAUUCCACCAUUGCUGAUGAUUUAAACAAGACUACCGAGUCUUACAAUCCUAUAUCUCCCUCCUUAUCUUCAAAUUCGUCAGAAACAUUUAAUUUAAAGUCAUUCAGAACAUCAUCAUCCCGAAGUAGAUAUAGUACUAUAAUUGAUGAAAAGUUAAGUCCAGCUCCACUCGAAACCAAGAAAAGAUCUUCAGCAGGAUUGCAAUUAGGAUUAGUCACAGUGGUGGAAGAGCCUCAUCUAUCUAAUAAACAAGUAAUACCUGUAUCGCCUGAAACCAAUUUGUACGAUGAUGAUGAUGAUGAUGAUAAUGUGAAUAUUGAAAGAUAUCAUCAAGUUACAUUGGACCAAUUAUCAAGUGUUAAGAGAACUGGUGCGUUCACGAAAGCCAUCCUGUUUCCACAAAAUAGGUAUUCUUUGAAUUCCGUUAAGUCAAAUGUUUCUGGCUUAACUGAAUUAAUAACAACCCAGAACACUAGUCCAAUUGACGGGGAUGAAGAUGAUGGUCUGCUAUCUAAGGACGCAUUACGAUUGAAGUUAGAAGAAAGUUUUAAUCGGAUUUAUAAUUUAGAAACUGAAAAUAAGUUGUUAAAGAAUGCACCUCAUGAUUGAUUCAAUUCAAGGAUAAUGUUAGAUCUCUUGAAGUAUUCAACCUUGUUCUUUGUUCACUUGUACUGAAAGCUGGAGGAUUUGUUAGCAAUAAUUAAUAAUUAAUAACAUAUUUAAUAGAAGAGAAUGUCAUUACUCAGUAAUUAUAUUGUACACUGUUCAUUCUGUAAUAUAUAAAUUACUUAUGGUGCAGGAGUAACAUUUCCUGAAAAUUCACCUUCACCUUCAUGAUAUAAUUCUUGAAGUUUUUUACUUGAUAAUGCAUCGUCAGCACUAACUCUAUAUUUCUUUUUACCAUUUGCACUUUCUGGUUCUGGGGUUGAUGUAGUUGAAGUCUUUCCGCUCAGAACAUCACUUGGAGAAUCACCCAAUAACAAGAACGCAACAUCCUUCUUCUUAUUAAUAUGUUCUUCUUUCUUGGUGAUUGUAGCUUUACCUUCCAUGACCACUUGUUGAACUUGUUCCUUUUGUUUAGCUCUAUCUCUCAUUCUCUCUUCAAUUGUUCCUCGGGUUAAAAGUCUGUAUACUGUGACUUGUUUAGUUUGUCCCAAUCUAUGAGCACGAUCCAUGGCUUGAGAAUCAAUGGUUGGAUUCCAAUCAGAAUCAUAAAAGAUAACAGUGUCAGCAGCAGUUAAGUUAAUACCUAAUCCACCAGCUCUUGUAGACAACAAAAAUAUAAAUAAUUCCGGCUUGGUUUGCCAAUCAUGAACUAAAUCUCUUCUAUCAUCUAACUUAGAAGAACCAUCCAAUCUAAUAUAUUUAUGUUGCCUAUAAGUCAAAUAUUCUUCCAUUAAAUCCAUCAUUCUUGUCAUUUGGAAGUAAAUUAGAACACGAUGGCCCUCUUGUUUUAAUUCAACUAACAAUUCGUCAAGUUUAGCCAAUUUACCUGAUUCAGUGAUAAAUCUAUUCAUGGAUGGCAUACGAAUGUUCGAAUAAUCAAUCUUCUUGUUGACUGGAGAGGGUAACAUGUUCGAUUUAGGAUAUGAUUCAAGUGGAGUAUUUUCGGUCAUUAAUUGAUAUUCUUGUGAUAAUGGUAAUGGUAAAAGACUAGAUCUAAUCUUAGGGUUGAAUAAAACAUCUUGGGUUUUAUAAUAGAAGUUUCUCGAUGAACAUACACUUGUGAUUGGUGGUGCUGAAGCUAAUGGUUCCGCAGCUGGAGAAAUAACAUUUAUAAACAUAUCUUCAUAAACAUGAUCUUGGAUUGAGUAUAAUUUGGAAAGAAUGGAUGAGUUAGUGAUAUUGGAAAACUUGUUUUCGUAUUGAGUAAUCAACAAUUUCUUGUUGUUAGGGACAAAUUCACCCUCAUAAAGAUAGUUGAAUCGACUCACCUUGGAAUAAUUAAUAUCAGUAUAUUCCUGUAAAUCAAUUGCUCGCUCAACUAUGUGCCUUCUAGUAUAUGUGUUUAGUUCUUGAGGAGAAACAUCGAUUGACUUCAACCAGCCAAACUGUUGAUUAUCCUUCACAUGCUCAGGUUUAUAAAUAUUAAACAUUUCAUAAAUUGAAUCCUUAGAGUCAGUCUUUUCGUUGGGUGUUAACAAUUCAUCAUAUAUCAAUUUUGGCAAGUUAUAACUAACAACAUUUUCGGUUGUAUAACUCAUUUCUAAUUCAUUUGUUUCUCUCAAGAAACUACUAGUCUCAGCAAAUUUUCCAAAAGAAAAUGGAGAUUUAACAUCUGCUCUUUCAAAUAAAUCGGGAUGGUUACAAACUUUUCUAAACUGCAUAACCAAAUUGAUUAAACUUGUAGCAUCAUCAGAAGACAGGGAAU